AUCUGUGCCUCAUAUUACCAAAUCUAUGUAUUUGUGCCUCAUAUUACCAAAUCUAUGUAUUUGUGCCUCAAAUUACCAAAUCUAUGUAUUUGUGCCUCAAAUGACCAAAUCUAUGUAUUUGUGCCUCAUAUUACCAAAUCUAUGUAUUUGUGCCUCAAAUUACCAAAUCUAUGUAUUUGUGCCUCAUAUUACCAAAUCUAUGUAUUGUGUCUCAAAUUAACAAACCUAUGUAUUUGUGCCUCAUAUAACCAAAUCUAUGUAUAUGUGCCUCAUAUUACCAAAUCUAUGUAUUUGUGCCUCAUAUUACCAAAUCUAUGUAUUUGUGCCUCAUAUUACCAAAUCUAUGUAUUUAUGCCUCAUAUUACCAAAUCUAUGUAUUACAUGUGUCUCAAAUUAAACCUAUGUAUUUGUGCCUCAUAUUACCAAAUCUAUGUAUUUAUGCCUCAUAUUACCAAAUCUAUGUAUAUGUGCCUCAUAUUACCAAAUCUAUGUAUUUAUGCCUCAUAUUACCAAAUCUAUUUGUGCCUCAAAUUAACAAAUCUACGUUUUACGUUUUUGGAAAUAAGUGUCGAAUAUUUAAAUGAAACAAAAUUUAUUCAUUAG